AUGAAUACAGGGGGCAUGGUGUGUCGUCACCGGCGCCAGCAGCCUGCGAGCUCGGCUCACUCUGAGCUGGUAUUACAGCCGCGGGAGGAAGCGAAGCCCUCGGAAAUGUCUCUCUCCAACAAGCAGCCCGCAUCACUCUCUGAAUACAGCCAGCUGUGUAAAGGCAAGAACACGGAAAGCUUCUCGGAAGCCUUCCACUGCAUGGAGUCCCCGAAAGACUUCGGCAAAACUGAAUUCGAAUGGCAGAGGACUGAGGGGAAGCUGAAUGAGAUUGGCUUGAAUGUGAACUCGGGACCGAUUAAGGAUGGGCUCGUUAAGAACGCUGGUUUCACCGACGAGGACAAGCUCUGCUUCUUUGAAGGAAAACUAGACAAAGAGCUAAAAAUAGCUCAGAAAGACAAAAGAGAAAUUGAGGUGCAAGGCAAAAAAUACCAGGCAGCUGCAGGUCACCUUGAGAGCUGGUCUUUGAUUUCGGAAACGUUUCCUUCUGCUGAAGGGAACUUUGCAAACCCUAAAACUACAGAUUUUCAUGUGGGACAGGCAGGAGCUGAAAAACCUGGUCCUGGGCUGGGUAAAAAUGAAGCCAUCACCGAUCAGGAGAAAGCUGUCAGUAAGGCUGGAAUGGAGAGCAAAUGCCAGCCAGACCCAAACCUGCCCAGUGUGUCAGUGUCGGAGAGUGAUCCCAGCAAAUACAUGAAGGAGCAGGAAAUCAGUGUCUGGAAUCCAAAUUUCCAUCCUAUCCUGCCUAACGAUUCGGGAUCUAAAGAAGCAACCGUGAAGAAAGAUGGAGCCCCCAGCUAUUGUGUAAUUGGGGUGGUUAAUGACAACUAUGUGCAGAGUGGAUUUUCUUCUUCCUCAACAGUAUCGAAGCCAGAACCUCCAACUACCACUGUAGAGCUUGCACAAGAUGACUCCAAAAGUAGUUACUUUAAUAAUACCACUGAAAUGGAGGAAGAGAUGGAAGACAAGCUGAGCUGUGCAGACGAUGGCAAUUUUCUGAACAGGGCUGCCCACCAAAGGAAGGCAAUGAGGCGUGCAAUGUCAGAGUCCUCUCACUUGUCCGUGCCCCUAACCCUUAACCUGGCCGAUAAAUACCCUGAGCCGGUGCUUAGAGAAGACGUCGCUACUGGUCUGCUCUCUCCUAAUAGCAGCCUGACCCAGUGCUCGAGCCCCACAGCCAGAAAGCCGGGCGCUCCAAUGAAAAGGUCAAUGACCGUGUCAGAAGAGCAAACAUCUGUCUGCAGCUUGGGUGCCGAGCAGAGCCGUGCAGGGCUGCCCAGCCUGGUGGUGAAGGAGCAUCAGGCCCUCCCGGCAGAGGAGCCGGCUGCCAAGAAGCGAGAGGAGUGGAACAGCAGCAGCAACUCAGUCAAGAAAGAGCUGGGCAGCCCGAGCUUGUAUCACAGCAAGCUGGAGCAAAUCCCUGAAAUCAGCAGCCAGGACAAAGAGAGGGAGGAGGAGGUGGCCGUGAAGAAGGAGAAGAGAAAUGCUGCUGAUGGAGCUGCUGGGUUGGAGUCUCCUCCGAAAAGCAAAUGCAAUGAGAUGGAAUCCAGCAAAACUGCUCCACUGGAACGAAAAGAAAUUGAGGUCAGCAAUGUGCAGAGCUCUCCAUCUCCCAAGCAAGGAGAUUUACCACGUGAUGCAAAAUUAGAAGAGACCAAACCAGUUGAAGCUGUGACAGGGAAUGAUAUCACAGCACCUCCCAACAAAGAGCUUCCUCCCAGCCCUGAGAAGAAGACAAAGCCUGCCAUAUCCACGUCAUCUACAAAGCCUGCAGCAACGAAAGCCAGGCCCCUGUCCGCUACCAGCCCCAAGCGGCCACCCUCUGCCACCCCUGGCCUAAACAAAAAACCCACGAGCCCUACUGCAGGUCCUACUCCAGCCACUACUACUAAACGCCCAGCCACCAGCACUACACGUCCCUCCACCCUAGCUCCAAAAGAGACUAAACCAAAGGUUGCAGAUGCGAAGACCACAGAUAGGAGGACCUCACUUUCAAAGCCUCCGACAACUGCCACUUCUAAAACUACUGUUAGGAGCAGCCCUGUUGCUCCCAAGACAACGGCAGCAUCACCAGUUGCUGCAACUGCUGCUGUGAAAAAUACUGCUACUUCUCCACCGAAGAGGCCAACAUCCAUCAAGACUGAUGCAAAGCCUGCAGAUGCCAAGAAGACCACUGCAAAGUCACCAUCAGCAGACUUGAGCCGCCCUAAAAGUGCUACUGGAAAUGCAGUCAAAAGCAGUGCCACCACUUCUACCACCUCCUCCAGUGCACCUACUUUACCUGGAGUAGCCACCAGUCGUCCCAAACCCAAGCCUGCUGCAACCAAACCCACCACAACCUCUACCACAACAGCAGAUGCUAAAAAACCAACUGCUAAGGUUCCAGCUAAACCCAGCAGCGCUUCCAAGCCACCUCGCCCGACCAGCAGUGCUUCUGCUCCAGAUCUGAAAAAUGUACGUUCCAAAAUUGGAUCAACAGACAACAUUAAGCAUCAGCCUGGUGGAGGAAAGGGGAAAAUAGAGAAAAGGCCAGAAUCAGCCGCUGCUGCACGAAAGUCUGAACCCAAUGUGGUCUCUAAAAUGGCUACUACUAAAACAACUGUAUCAAAAGAGGGUGCCCCAAAACAGCCCAAUGGGAAAGUCCAGAUAGUCUCCAAAAAAGCGAACUACAGCCAUGUUCAGUCCAAGUGUGGUUCCAAGGACAAUAUUAAGCAUGUCCCUGGAGGUGGGAAUGUGCAGAUCCAGAACAAGAAAGUUGACCUUUCCAAAGUGUCCUCAAAGUGUGGCUCUAAAGCAAAUAUCAAGCAUAAGCCAGGGGGAGGAGAUGUCAAAAUUGAGAACCAGAAGCUGAACUUCAAGGAGAAGGCCCAAGCCAAAGUGGGUUCUUUGGACAACGUGGGACACUUGCCAGCAGGAGGAACUGUGAAGAUUGAAUCUCACAAGCUGACGUUCCGUGAGAAGGCCAAGGCUCGAACAGACCACGGAGCGGAAAUCGUCGUCUCCAAACCCCCCAACCUUUCCAGCAGAGCUUCCCCCUGGCGUAGCACAUCCGUCAGCGAGAGCCUGGGCUCAGUCGCCUCCUUGUCACCGCUGCAACAGCCAGCUCCCCUUGCAGCGCUUUCUCAGCAAGGCUUGUGACCCCUCCCGGCCCCAUCCCCUGCCCUCUCCCCACAGUAACGCAGCUUGGCUCUCUUAACCCUGCCCCUGGCUUUAGGUGGGAAGGGGACAGCGUUUAGCAGGGCAGGCAUCCCUUUCCAGCCACAAUGACUCUUCUAAACAUCCCGGAGGCUUGCCCCUGCCCGAGCGUGUCAGGCUCCAGUGGUCCUUUCUUGGCUGGAAGGGGCUUCCUCCCCCCUCCAUGCCUCAUCCCUUUUGCUUUCAGGGGGAUGCUGGAGCGAGUGUUAGUGUUCUGUGGCAGGAACGGGCAUCUAGUCAACCUCCAGGCUGUGUCUUAGUGGCUGGGUAGGAGCGUGCCUGUGCUGCUGGUGGCUGAAGCCAGGCCAGAGUUAACAGGGAUAAGCUGUGACCUUUCUUUCUGUCUUUAUUUUUAAACAAGACAAGAACCCACCUUUCCCUCCCUGCCGCUUCAGUUUCUGCUGAUCCUGUUUGAUGAUGAUGAUGAUAUAUAUGAUACACACACGUUUAGGCUGUUUUAACUGUUGACUUUAACCUUUUAUUCUUCGUGACGAUGUGUUGAUGAUUUAUUGUGCUACAACCCCCUGCUAAGUUUCCUUUUCUCUUCCCUUCUUUUCCUAACCGUAGGAGAGUAGAGACAUUAACCGCUGCUGCAGUGCUGGCUUCUUAUUGACAUAUCCAGCAAUUGUAACAAUUUUGUUGUUGAUUGUUUUGGGUUUGGUUUUUUGUUUUUUGGGUUUUUUGUUUUUUUUCUUCUAAUAUUUUAAAACGAUGGAGCAAACUCAUGGGAUUAAGCCAUGUCUGAAGUGAAAGGCUCGAGAACGUGUUAACAGAGAACUUGCUGUAACAGAUCAGAUGCAGCCUGUGUUAACUGCAACGAGAUGUGUUGGCUUGAUGCUGGUCAAACCUCUUGUAGGCCCAGGACGCGUUAGCAGCGUGAAGACGGUUUUAUUUAUUCAUGCUCUCAGCCACAGCCCUGGGAUUGAGCUUUCUCUGGCUAGGGCCUAUGGUCAGAGGAGAGGCAGGAGGCUGCUGUCACGCUGGAGUUGCAGGUUAACGCAGGCCUGGAGUUCCGAGGCCGAAGCAGGUCUGUGGUGCGUGCGCGCGUGUGGUGUGGUGUGGUAGCAGAGGCUGAUGGGGGGGUGACCGUGUUGUCCGGCUGUCCAGGGCGAGGCUGAGGUCGGGAAGAUGGGAAAGGCCCCCUUUUUCCUGGGAUGAUGCACCCCGGGGUGUGCAGGGGAGGCAGGUUUUAGUGCCAGGGAGUUGCAGCUCUGACUAGGACUAAGGAGAUUGACCUGCUCGUGGAGGUGUGAGCUCCUCGUUUCAUGUUGCAAAUGACACUAAAGAAAUGUAAAUAAAUUAAAACCAAGAAGAACAAAACAAACAAAAAAAAAAAGAGUGUUCUUGGGUGGACAAAUUAAUUUAAAGAAAAAAAAAGCAAACAAAAAAAAGCAGCAACUAGAAAAAAAGGCGGAAUAACAAAACACUGGGAUCAAAGUGAACUGAACCAGGCGUGCGCUAAGGGGGGGCUGUCCAAGGAGGAGACAGAGGGAAGCCAGCAGCUUCUCGUGCUUGGGGGAAUAUUUCUGUGGGAAGCCGACAACGACACGAUAACCCGGAAUCUGUAUUUACACAAAAAGAUUCUUAUUGCACUUGUAUUUUUUAUAUUAAAGUUUGCAUGAUUUCUAAUAAAAUGGCAUUAAAAUGUACUAGUUUGCAUCAAA